GAACCCGUUGUUUGAAAGAAAACAGCCUGUGCUAUUCGAGGUGCAAUCAUCAAGACGGGGACCCAUCAUGUGAACUCAAUUUGGCUAGAAAUUGUGCCACGACCCACGACGCCUAACAUACAAAAAAAGAGGCCGUCCAAGGAGAGAAUGAAUCUGUGUAUUGGGCUCCAUAGUCCAUACAUACUUCACAGAUCGGAUCUUGAUGCCAUUAACGAUUCUCUAUUUGCUUGAAAGUCACUGAGAGAAGAUCUGGUCAACGGUCAGCAGGAGUCCACAGAUCGGAUGGCCUGGGAAAGGAGGCUGUUGACUCACAGCACAGAUUGUCUUUUGACAACUUUCGUGCUGUCUCUAAACCACGAUCGACAGAUCAGCGGYUCACAUGGUUAAGUACGACAGAUCGACCAUAAAACACUAUUCAGGCUCCCACAUCUUACAAAAUCGAGUUGGGAUCUCAAUCCAACGGCUUUUACAGGAGUCAAGUGGCGAAAAAGGUCCAGCUGAUCUCUUGUACUCAAAUCCUGAUACUAAACUGGGAGGGGAUCGGGAGAACAACCCAAUACCCUUGGAUGAUGGGAAUCUCUCGUAGGACCCGAAGAACCCACAAUUAGUUAUUUAGUUUGAUGGGAUGCAAAGCAGAUUAUCAUUUCUUCCAGUGAUUCCUUCCUUUUUUAUCGUUCAGGUUUGGCACAAAGAAGAGGCACGUGCAGAGAGAGAUAACAUUGUAUUUCUGCGCUGUAAACUAGUACUGACUCACUGUCUGUAUCAUAUGGUGGGUCCCACAUAUUUCUGGUUUCUCUCUGUUUUCUCCACCUCACUUCCUCAUCCAUUUACGUCCACCUGCACUCGCGAAAGCCGUAUAAAAAGGAAGGAAACCAAAUCCACAUGAGAAAAAGGGAAGAGGCAUACAGAGAGAAGUAGAGAGAUAAGAAAAGAGAUGAGGAAUCCGAGUUCGUCGGCGGCGGUGGCGGCGGCAUCGUCGAGCACGAGUAAGACGCCGUGUUGCAGCAAGGUGGGUCUGAAGAGAGGGCCGUGGACGCCGGAGGAGGACGAGCUUUUGGCCAGUUACAUAAAGAGAGAAGGCGAGGGGCGGUGGCGGACGCUGCCGAAGCGGGCGGGGCUGCUUCGUUGUGGCAAAAGCUGCCGGCUCCGGUGGAUGAAUUAUCUCCGACCCUCCGUUAAGCGAGGCCAGAUCGCACCUGACGAGGAAGAUCUCAUCCUGCGUCUGCACCGUCUCCUUGGCAACAGAUGGUCUUUGAUUGCUGGGAGGAUCCCAGGAAGAACGGACAACGAGAUCAAGAACUACUGGAAUACUCAUCUCAGUAAGAAGUUGAUCAACCAAGGAAUAGAUCCCAGGACGCACAAGCCAUUGAACCCUAACCCUAAUUCCUCGGAGGAGAAUGUCCACGCUGCUCCUCCUGCACCAAAACUUCAACCUCACCCUAACCCUAAUCCCGUACCACGGCUCUGCAGUGGUGCAACCACGCCUUACAAGGGUAAGGAAUGCUUCAGAGAGAUGAGUCUGGAUCAGGACCAAAGUCGGGAAGUGGGCAAAGACGAAGAAAACUGGCAGAAUUCUGAUGGCUUCAUAAUCGGCAACAACCACGGAGAGGAUAAUAUCGAUUGCUGCACUGAUGAAGUCUUCUCUUCCUUCUUGAAUUCAUUAAUAAACGAGGACAUGUUCGGGAACCAACAACAACACCAGCAGCAUCAGCAGCUGCAACCUAACCAUCAUCUGAUUGCACCUCCUGAUCAUCUAGUCUCUUCUGCACAGGCUUUCGGCUAUGGUGCAAUCUGGGAAUCUCCACUCACAUCCUCCACAGCUGCUUUUAGCCAAGACGAGCAUAAGCGGUUUGUAGAUCACGUCGAUAAGCGCCUAUGAAUCAGUUGUCUACACUCAGCAAGAACCUGCUCUGAGAGUGAAUAGAUCAAGAUCAAAUCAAACUGUUUGAUGAUUGCUAUUUCAUGUAUCUUAUAUGUAUUAAUGUUGUUGUAUCUGUUAUUGUUGUUUCUAAGAAGCUGAAGAUUGAACAACUGCUUUGAAAUUUGGA